GUUGCAAUUAUCACUCCAUUUAACUUCCCUUUGGAAAUUCCACUGCUGCAACUUAUGGGUGCUCUCUACAUGGGAAACAAGCCGGUUCUUAAAGUUGAUAGCAAGGUGUGCAUUGUGAUGGAGCAAAUGAUCCGGCUAUUGCACGAGUGUGGGUUGCCCAUGGAGGACAUGGACUUCAUCAAUACUGAUGGCAUAACCAUGAACAAGUUGUUGCUUGAGGCUAAACCACGUAUGACUCUAUUUACUGGGAGCUCACGGGUUGCAGAGAAGUUAGCUGGUGAUCUGAGAGGGCGCGUAAAAUUGGAAGAUGCAGGGUUUGAUUGGAAAAUUCUUGGUCCAGACGUGCAAGAGGUUGAUUAUGUUGCGUGGGUAUGCGAUCAGGAUGCCUAUGCUUGUAGCGGCCAAAAAUGCUCAGCCCAGUCAAUAUUAUUUAUGCAUGAGAAUUGGGCUUCAAGUUCUCUUGUUCCUCAAAUGAAAGAGCUUGCAGAGAGAAGAAAAUUGGAAGAUUUAACAAUAGGACCUGUUCUUACAGUUACAACAGAUCGAAUGGUGGAACACAUUGAGAAGUUACUUGAAAUACCAGGAUCAAAGUUAUUUUUUGGAGGCCAGCCCUUGGAGAAUCAUUCUAUUCCAAAAAUCUAUGGUGCUUUGAAACCAACUGCCAUUUUUAUUCCUAUUGAUGAGAUUCUUAAGGAUAAGAAUUACGAGCUAGUUACAACAGAGCUUUUUGGCCCAUUUCAGAUUAUCACGCAAUACAAGCAGGACCAGCUAACACUUGUGUUGGAGGCUUGUGAAAGGAUGCAUGCGCAUUUGACAGCUGCCGUUGUUUCUAACGAUCCGCUUUUCUUACAGGAAGUUCUUGGAAAGUCCAUUAACGGGACGACAUACGCCGGCAUCAGGGCUCGAACAACCGGCGCUCCUCAGAACCAUUGGUUUGGACCAGCUGGUGAUCCAAGAGGUGCAGGAAUAGGAACACCUGAAGCAAUCAAGCUGGUCUGGUCUUGCCACAGAGAAAUCAUAUAUGAUAUUGGACCAGUGCCUCACCAAUGGAAAAUUCCACCUUCUACUUAGAAUAAAUCUGACUGGCAAGUGGAUUUAUUCAAAGGGAAAUUUACAUACCUAGCUCGCAAUUCUUCCUAAACUUUCAUAUUUACAUACCUAGCACUUCGCUGCUUUAUACCUUGUGCUUGAAAACUUUCAUAUUUACCUAUCUCACACCUGAACUUUCAUAAUUACAAAUAUCAUAUGAAAAGUAACACUCAUUAUCUCUUUCCAUCCUUUGGUAAAGUUUUUUUUUUGUGUAAAAAUGAAAGUUUAGGUGUGAGAUAGGUAAAUUUGUAAGAAUUGGGUGCUAUGUAUGUAAUUUUGUCUUUAAAGAUUUGAGGGUUAUGUGCCUAAAUGAAAGUUUAGGUGUGAGUUAUGCAAAUAAAUGCCCCUUAUUCAAAUUUCUUUUGGUGAAUGGCUUUUUCUGGAUUUGUGAGUUAAUUUUUAAUAAGUUUCUGUAUUGAUUACGAGUAAAACUGCAUCUGCCAUUCACAUUCAAUUUGAUAAACAAUUGUAAUGAGCACAUUGUUGUUUAGAAUUGGAGAGAAGUUUGU